CUUACCAUUAGGCACUUAACUUUUUUGAGCCAAUAGUCAAUUGGGUGCAGUCGCUUUCGCGUACCUGCUUUACCUUUACGACCUUAGCUAUAGCUUGGGGGGGUCCACAUAAAUAUUGUUGUUCAUUUAUCCUGAAGGCCUUUAUUUGGUCGGAUACACCCCUUAUUCGUCAAAAGAGCCCUGUUGGCGCUUUGUUCUUCAGUUCUUAUUCAUCCAAUAGAGUUUGAUCCGGUGCGGUGGUAUUUGGCGUCUCGGAUCGGGGAUUUAUCUAUUAGAUCGGCAGGAUGGCUGGGGGUUCUAGCAUCGCCCCGAAUCGAUAUAGUUCUUCACCGGAGUUGUCAAGUCCCCCUUCUAUGCUAUCGGGGCCCGGUUCGCCAAACGGAGAAAGCAGAGCAAAGAAUGGAGAAUUGGAUGAGAUUGUGGUAGAUCCUAACACUCUCAGAUAUGAUGGAUCCGGCCAGCCCAUGUUAACCAAGGAUGGGUUACCCAGGAGAAAGCCUGGCCCUAAACCCGGGACCAGGAUCAACAAGCGGAAUAGUGCAAAUCCCGAAGAAGGAGAGAAGGUCAAGCGAGCGCGGAAGCAAAAGGAUCCUACCGCGCCGACUGUUUCGAGGAAACGUAAGGGGAUAUCUCUCGAGGGCGAGGCGGCCGAGCCGAGAUCUCGCGCUGCUAGUGUCAGCGGUGGUGCAAAUACUGGAACCCCGGCAUCACGACAGGCUAAGAUUACCGAGAUGACCACACCCCAGACUCGAUUGGAACCGCUUCCUCAGAGAGAGGUAAAACGCGAUAGUAUGCCCGGCUCUGUGUCCAGUAUUCUGAAUACCGACCCCGAACCCCUGCAAUUCCCUCGUCAGCAAUCGCAACCGUCCCCUCAACAGCAGCAGCAGCAGUUAGCCAGGCCGAGUGCUCCAUCACGGAGGAGUGGUACAAAUUAUGAUCCGAUUCGCUCAUCAAAUUAUGACCCGAUAAGAGAAACCAUGGUCACACAUACGUAUUCUAAUCCGAUGAGCGGAUCUCCUCGUGGACCUACCACUACGAAUACCAUCAAUCGUGCAAGCGCAUCUCCUUCGAUUGCCAGUCUUGUUGAUCCGCCUGUACCGAAUAUUAUAUCACCUGUUCCAUCCCAUACUUCUUUUGCUCAGAGCACACAACAAUCCCAAUCACGCAUCCAUAAAGAAUCUAGCUCAAUGCCGGAGUCCCCUAAUCCUUUCCGCAAAGACUUUGUACCUCCGCCCGCGCCGAAGCCGCCCACAACUGAGGGCAAGGAGGGUAAAGAAGGUAAAGAAGCCAAAGAGACUAAAAAGCCUGCGCCAACCCCUGCACAGGGGGUUACCUCCAAGAUCGAGAUCCGUCCCACAUCUAUUACCACAAUUGGCGCGGCCAGCACAAAGAAGACGUCGACCAAAAACCAUAGCACCACAUCGUCGUCGCCUCGCAUCAACGCCAUGAAGGAUACGCUAGUCCCCCCUCUCCCGCACGGGCCUGAGCGUUCUAUCCUAGACUUUGGUAAAGCGGAACCCGGAUCUGAGUUUAAUGCUCCAUCGAUCAUUCUUAAUAUCCCUCUCAAUGGAGAAACGAAUAAAUAUAUUAACUUCAUGCGUAUGGCUGAGGAAAAGUAUGGCUGGGACGCCCUUCAUCCGCGUCAGGCUGAACUCAAAGCACGCAAGGCCCGUAUCGCUGCCGCGUCUGCUGCCUUGGCCCAGAACGACUCUAGCCGUGAGGGUGACGAGAUGUCGGUUGAUGAGUCAGAAAAUGAGGACUCGAACGUCGAAAUGGGCGGUACGAGUGGACCGGAUAAGCCGGCCGAUGGCAAGCCCGUAAAAAAGAAGAGACAUUUCAAAGAGGACGAGUACGACAAGGAUGACGACUUCGUCGAUGACUCGGAAAUGCUCUGGGAGGAACAGGCAGCGGCUAGCAGAGACGGCUUCUUCGUCUACUCCGGUCCCUUAAUACCGGAGGUCGAGAAGCCGGAAUCUGGACGUGGUGAGGGCGCACCUAAGCGAGGACGUGGCUCACGUGGUGGUCGCGGUGGCACUCGCGGAGCAACGACGGGUACGGGAAGAGGUAGGGGAGGUGGUCCGGGAUCCCGAGGGGGGGCAGUGAGAAAGCCACGGAUGACGAAAGCUGACAAAGCUCAGAUGGACCGCGAAAAGGCAGAACGAGAGGCGGCCUUCUUGAAAUCGACUAGCAGCGGGUCUUAUAACGUUCUGCACCCCGGUAGUCCCCAAUUCGCAGGAUUGUAGGCUGAGCCUAACAGGUCUAACCCCGAGGAUACCGGUAUUGAGUAACAGGGGCAUGUAAUAUUGUACACACAGGCGACAUUGAUAUGAUCGCCAAACAACGGACACGGUGUCCGAAGGAUUCAUGCGCGCGGGCCAAUGCUAAAGCUAUGGGUUUUGUUUUGAUACCACGAUGCUCUUAACCGUGUCAGGGGGUUUGGGAUUCCGGCGUAUGCUUUGUUUACUGACUGCGGGUGACUAGAUUUGCUUCGGCUCUAGAAGUGUAACAUGUAUACAUUGUUUUAAUUCUCUGAAUCAAUAGUGCAGUGACUUGAAUGCUAAAUUUCGUUAUUUAUUUCGUACACGAAUAUCAUCUUCACACACGAUAAUAUUUGACUACCAGCUAACCGUGUUGUCUAGGUCCGUCUUGAUUGGUCUAUCUCAAGCUGAACCCCCACCAUCUCUCAUUAACGGGUUAGAUCGGCCCA